GCGAAGGGUGGUGUUGGGUUGUUGAUCGUGGUUGGGACGAAUUGAAUGAUGCUAAGAUUCCUCGUAGUUUUCUCCGUAGCUCCGUAUUUUGUUUCACCUGUGCCUUCUCCUGAUAGAGUUCAAUUUCCUAGAAGCAUGUGUCUAGUUUGGUUGUUUGGUAGAUCGGUCGAGUGAUUCAUUACACCAUUGUUUAUUUCGAUUUUGUAGAAGAAGCCAAGCUUUCUUUUUUAACAGUCUAUGUGAUUACUUGGGGUACAGGAAGCAGCGUACUUACCUUCUCUUGCUGCUUGUAGAAGGGAGAUGAGUAGGAAAAAACACCGGAAGGGGGAGAGGAAGAGGAGGGGGCAAUUUGGCAUCGACAUCGGAGGAGCUCGGCUCGCAACUUGUGCACUUAUCACCGCAGGUCAUUCAUAGGCCUGUAGAUGCGGAAGUCCAGGUGCCUUGUGAUACAUUCCUCUCGUCCACCUCUUUUGUGAGACUGAAGAGUCUUCUGGCAGUGGAAGCGGCAGCGUGGUUCUCACUCAGAAUCAUCAUGGGGUCGGAAGAGGCGAGGUCUGCGGCACUGGGGAUUGGCUCGCCGGUGUGGGUUGAAGAUGUGGAGAACGCAUGGAUAGAAGCGACCGUGGUGAAACGCGAUGGCGAUGCCGUCACGGCACGGACGGUUCACGGCGAUCUGGUGGAAACGAGAAUGGCAAAUGCUCUUCCCAGGGAUGAAGACGUUACGAUGCGGGGGGUUGAUGACAUGACGAAGCUGUCGUAUUUGCACGAGCCGGGCGUUCUGCACAAUCUCUACGCCAGAUACAAGCACGAUGAGAUCUAUACUUACACGGGGAAUAUUUUGAUUGCCGUAAAUCCUUUCACAAGGCUUCCGCACCUUUUCAACACGUACAUGAUGAAGCAGUACCAGGAUGCCCAGCCAGGGGAUCUGAACCCUCAUGUUUAUUCUGUGGCUGAUGCGGCUUAUAAAGCAAUGAUGGAAGAGAUGAAGAGCCAGUCGAUUUUGGUGAGUGGAGAAAGUGGUGCUGGUAAAACGGAGACAACAAAACAAAUCAUGCAGUACCUGGCUUUCGUGGGAGGACGGACAGUGGGUGACAAUAGAUCAGUCGAGCAGCAAGUACUCCAGUCCAAUCCAUUGCUCGAGGCAUUUGGAAAUGCGAAGACUGUGCGGAAUAACAACUCCAGUCGCUUCGGCAAGUUUGUGGAGAUCCAGUUCAACAACGGGAAAAUAUCUGGCGCGGCUGUGAGGACAUAUUUAUUGGAAAGGUCGCGUGUCACACAGAUAUCCACUCCGGAGCGAAACUAUCAUUGCUUCUAUCAGCUUGUUGCUGGUGCAUCACAUGAGGAUGCAGAACGGUUGAAGCUAGGACCUCCUGACUCAUUUCAUUAUUUAAAUCAGAGCAAGUGCGUGGAAGUGGGAGCUAUUGAUGAUUGCAAGGAGUACCAACUCACGCGGGAGGCGAUGGAUAUUGUGGGCAUCACUACAGAAGAGCAGGAAGCAAUUUUUCGAACAAUCGCCGCUGUUCUUCACCUUGGCAAUAUUGAAUUUAAUUCUGGAGAAUCUGAGGCAUCAGAGGUGUCUACUGAGAAGUCAAAGUUUCACUUGAAAGCGGCUGCCGAUAUGCUCAUGUGCGAUGAGGAAAUGCUGGAGAAGUCGUUGACAACACGGAUCAUGAAGGCAACACGCACUGAGAGCAUCACAAAGAUACUGAACAAGAGCCAGGCCACAGACAACAGAGACGCCCUUGCCAGGACAAUAUAUGCGAAGCUGUUUGAUUGGCUGGUCAACAAGGUCAACAAGUCUAUUGGUCAGGACCCUCACUCGACUGUUCUUAUAGGUGUUCUGGAUAUCUAUGGUUUUGAGAGCUUUGAGAUCAACAGCUUUGAACAGUUCUGCAUCAAUCUAACAAAUGAGAAGCUACAGCAGCAUUUCAACACGCAUGUGUUCAAGAUGGAGCAAGCCGAAUAUCGGAAGGAAGAGAUCAACUGGGACGACAUAGACUUCGUGGAUAACAUUGAUGUGUUAGACCUUAUAGAGAAGAGGCCUCUCGGGAUCAUUGCACUGUUGGAUGAAGCAUGCAUGUUACCAAGAUCAACAGCUGAGUCGUUUGCGAGGAAGCUGGGAGACACCUUCCAUAACCAUAAAAGGUUCUCGAAGCAUAAGUUUAAGAGAACAGCAUUCACAAUCGAUCAUUAUGCAGGACAGGUGGAAUACAGGGCAGAUCUUUUCUUGGAGAAGAAUAAAGACUUUGUGGUACCCGAGCAUCAGCAGCUGCUUCAUGCAUCGAAAUGUGCAUUUGUGUCAGGACUGUUUCCACUGGAUGAGGGGGCAAAGGCACCAUCGAAGUUUAUGUCCAUUGGUAGCCAAUUCAAGAGGAAUGGUUGGAUAUCCACAGAGCACUGUGUAAUGUAUGCACUCCAUGGUCGUUUCACUGCCUUGAGCAUGUCACGUUCCUUGACAUUUUACUUUGCUUUCUUUGUGGUGUAAUGAACCCAGUCUGGCAGAUACUCAGAAGUCAUCAAACAUCAGUAGUCUCAUUAUCUGCAUCAAGGUCUC